CGGACGUGUUUUGGUGUAACACACAACAUUCAGCGUUCCCCUCCCGACACGUGUAUGUUUAAUCGUAAUUUACCUGCUCAUGUUAAGACUCAGCGUGUUUUUUCCAGGUUGUAGAGUGCAGAUCCCUUUGAGAUCCUUCUAGCUGCUUCUGAAUCAUGAGUGGCUCCAAGCCGGACAUCCUGUGGUCUCCGCACCACCCGGACCGCUAUGUCAUCUGUGACUCUGAACUGGGACUGUACCGUAUUGGACCUGUGGGCAGUGCAGAAACUAAGGCUGGCACUCUCCCCCUCUCUGAAGAAACUGCUGCUACUUUAUUAGCCAUUAACUCUGACACCCCUUAUAUGAAAUGUGUGGCCUGGUACCCAAAGCAUGAGCCUGAGUGUUUGCUCGCUGUGGGUCAAGCUAAUGGCAGAGUGGUGCUCACCAGCCUGGGUCAGAGCCACAACUCCACAUGUAAAGAGCUGGUGGGCAAAGAGUUUGUGCCAAAGCACGCCCGUCAAUGCAACACUUUAGCCUGGAACCCAGUGGACAGCAACUUGCUGGCAGCUGGACUGGACAAGCACAGGGCAGACUUCUCUGUCCUCAUUUGGGACAUUAGCAGUAAGUUUUCCCCAGAGGCCAGUGUAGCCGUAGAGAAGAUUCGUCUCUCAUCUGUGGAUUUGGACUCGAGCACAGUAGUGACCAAACCAUUGUACGAGUUAGGCCAGAACGAUGCUUGCUUGUCCCUCUGCUGGCUGCUUCGUGACCCAAAGCUGCUGUUGGCUGGCAUGCACAGGAACCUCGCAAUAUUUGACCUGAGAAACACGAGCCAGAAAACGUUUGUCAACACGAAGGCCAUCCAGGGGGUGACAGUCGACCCACACUUCCAUGACCGUGUGGCAUCGUUCUUUGAGGGCCAGGUGGCCAUCUGGGAUCUGAGGAAGUUUGAGAAGCCUGUGCUCACGCUCACUGAGCAGCCCAAGCCGCUCACUAAGGUGGCAUGGUGUCCAACCCGUACCGGCCUGCUGGCCACCCUGACACGUGACAGCAACAUCAUCCGCCUGUACGACAUGCAACACACUCCUACACCCAUCGGCGAUGAGACGGAGCCCACCAUCAUCGAACGAAGUGUGCAGCCCUGUGAAAGUCAGAUUGGCAGCUUCGCCUGGCACCCGUCCUCUCAGAACCGCAUGGUGGUGGUUUCCGCAGCCAACCGAGUCAUGACUGACUUCACCGUGUUCGAGCGCAUCUCACUGGCCUGGAGCUCCACCACCUCACUCAUGUGGGCGUGCGGCAGACACCUGUACGACUGUGUCGAGGAUGGGGCCGAAGGAGUGGAGAGCGUGAUUGAGAAAGACAUCGCCACGAAGAUGAGGCAGAGGGCUCAGUCCAGGUACGGGCACGAUACCGUCCAGGUGUGGAGGAACCACCUGCUGGCUGGAGGGAACGAUCCCCAGCUCAAGUCUUUGUGGUAUGAUCUAUUCUAUAUGAAGCAGUGUGCAGAGGACAUGGAGCUGAAACUGCAGGGGAACAAACAGUCUGUGGUCUACUCUGGUAUCAAGAACAUUGUAAAGACCAGCUCAGGCACCACAGAGAGCCGCAGGUGUUGGAGCGGCUCAGACCGGCAGACGGAUGUACCGCGGUACCUCAGCGAGGAGCGCUGCCUCGCCCUGCGGCUCUGCGGCUGGAUCAGCCGGGGACCCGAAAUCGACGUGGAGAUCUUCUUGCGGUCACUGGAGCAAGAGCGCGAGUGGGAGCGGGCAGCCGCCGUGGCGCUGUUCAACCUGGACAUCCGCCGGGCCAUCCAGAUCCUCAACAAGGGAGCCACUGCUGAGAAGGGUGACCUGAACCUGAACGUUGUUGCCAUGGCUCUGUCAGGCUACACCGACGAGAAGUCCUCUCUGUGGAGGGAGAUGUGCAGCUCACUGAGGCUGCAGCUGAAGAACCCCUACCUUUGCGUCAUGUUUGCCUUCCUCACCAGUGAGCCUGGAGCCUAUGAUAGUGUGCUGUAUGAGAGCAGCGUUGCUGUGCGGGACCGAGUAGCCUUUGCCUGUAUGUUUCUCAGCGAUGCCCAGCUGCCUCGAUACAUCGACAAACUAACCAUUGAGAUGAAAGAGGCGGGCAACCUGGAGGGCAUCCUGCUGACGGGUCUGACUAAAGACGGUGUAGACCUCAUGGAGAGCUACGUGGACCGCACUGGAGAUGUCCAGACUGCCAGCUUCUGCAUGCUGAAGGGUUCCCCAGGUGACGUGUUGAAAGACCCUCGAGUCCAAUGCUGGAUCGAAAACUACCGCAACCUUUUGGACGCGUGGAGAUUCUGGCACAAACGGGCCGAGUUUGACAUCCACAGAAGCAAGCUGGACCCCAGCUCCAAACCACUGGCCCAGGUGUUUGUGAGCUGCAACUUCUGUGGGAAGUCUAUCUCCUACAGCUGCUCGGCGAUGCCUCACCAGGGCCGCGGCUUCAGCCAGUACGGUGUCAGCGGCUCGCCCACCAAGUCGAAAGUCACCAGUUGCCCCGGCUGCAGGAAACCGCUGCCACGUUGUGCCCUCUGCCUCAUGAACAUGGGCACACCUGUGUCUAACUGCCCAGGAACAGGGAAGUCAGAUGAGAAGGUGGACUUGACAAGGGAGAACAAACUUGCUCAGUUCAACAACUGGUUCACCUGGUGUCACAACUGUCGACAUGGCGGCCACGCCGGCCACAUUCUCAGCUGGUUCAGAGACCACACAGAGUGCCCAGUGUCGGCUUGCACGUGUAAAUGCAUGCAGCUGGACACCACGGGGAACCUGGUGCCUUCAGACAGCAGCUAAACAGGAGACGCCUGUCGGAAACUGAAGCCAAACACCAGCCCAGAGCCAACCAGUGUAGGUUCACCGCUGCACCCGCCACACCGACAACUGGGCAAGGGACAAAGGGUGCCAGCAGCGUCCUUCUCUGGAGUGGCUGCUCGAACAGAAAGACAGACUGUGAAGUUAUAGCCUAGUGAAUGUAACGUUGUAACAGAGCCCUAUAUGAAGAAGGGAGGCAGUGGCUGCUACUGAUCUCACUAACUGAAUCAAGACAGAAAGGGAGCAAAUGCAAACUCACUGCUCUGCUAAUGAAAAUCCCACUCAGGAGAAAUAAAAGAGACUCUGCUUUAUUAGAAUCACAAAUGUUCAGUGUAUGCAGGAAUUUGACUUGGUGAUACAGUGCAGUGAAACAAGACAGUUAAAAAGUUAAAUACAAGAAUUAUAUACAGUGAAGAAUAAUAAAAUAUGCUGCAUUAUGCUAAAUAUACUGCUUGGUAUUGUAUAUAUCUAAGUUAAGAAUAAUAAAUAUGCUGCAUUAUGCUACAUUUGCACAUAUUGCACAGUCCUGGCAGGACGGUUCAGUCCAUAGUAGGGGGUUAUAUCGUCCCAUACACUCUGUCUAUGGAAGUGCAUGUACCGGGGGCAUUAGUAUCGAUGUGUGGUGGGCAAUUGGGCAAUGAAGGAUGGGUUGUUGAGGAGGAGAGUGAUGGCGUUAGGUAAAAACUGCUCAGGUGUCUGAUGGUCCUGGUGCUGAUGGAGCCGAACAUGUUGCCCGAUGGAGGCUUUCUGAAGGUGAAUGAGUGACAGGUCCACCACUCUGCAGUCACGUAGCUGUUAGCAUGAUGCUUUCCAGUCUUUGUUUGGUGUGGGCAGAGGAUGCAUGGUCUGACACAUUGGAGGAGGAGGUGAGGACACUCGAUGGGGGCUCUGUAGAACUAGGUGCGAACCUUCGUGGAGAUGUUCAUCUUCUGGAGAGGUCUGAGAAAGAACAUCCUCUGGUGAGCUCACCUGAUGACAUGGGAUGAAGAUGUCUCACACUUCUGCUCGCUGGUGAUGGUGGUACCAAGAAAUUUACUCCACCACAGUGGUAAAGGUAAUGACUAAUGUGAAUGUGUUUCUGGAAGUGCACGACAAUCUUCACCAUUUUGUUCUCUUGUUAUCUGUACAACAUGCUGCCAGCUGUGUCACACACUGUUCCUGUAGGCUGGCUCAUCACUGUCCUUGAUGGUGUCAACAAACUUCACCGGCUUGAUGGAGGGGUGUCAUUGGUGCUCAGGGAGAACAGAUAUAUGGGCCGAGGACACACCCUUGUGGAGCUCUGGUAUUGGUGGUGAGGGAGACAGACAGGUGGCUGCCAAGCCGCACCUGUUGCUUCCUGUUGGUUAUGACGGAUCAGCCUCUUCCAGUCUAACCUGAAUCAGCCUUGUGGUUCGAUUGUGAGCUAUAAAAAAAAAAUCAUACGUUCACUCACACGUCAGGCCGUAAAGCUGUGAUUACAGGUGCCAGUAUGUCUGAGCUGUAUAUCGUGGCUCGUGUUUUAAUACGCUUUUAACGUCUGUGUUUGUCUUAAGGAUCCUCACACACCUCAUGAAAGCGUUGUUCGGGCUGAAGGACGGUACCCCGGGUGACCGAGCGGAGGCUUGCGCACAAUAACAACACUCUCUUGCUCCCUUCACG